UGGGGCGAAACGGUUAACACUUAACAUACCGGUCUCAGUGAAAGAAGAUGAACUAGUGCACCGGACUAGGGUUUUUCUGUCGGAGGGAGAAAGGGCAGGUGGAGAAGAGAUGGAAAAAGGAGAAGAAGACGGUGGAAAGACGAGGAUUUACGUCGGAGGUUUGGGUGAGGGCGUGACCGCCGAGGAUCUGAAGAAGACUUUCUCCUCACCCCAGCUCGGUGCCGUCCAAUCCGUCGACCUCAUUCGUACAAAAGGCCGCAGCUUUGCCUACUUGGAUUUCGUCCCCUCUUCCGACAACUCCUUGCUCAAGCUUUUCAGCAAGUAUAAUGGAUGCAUGUGGAAAGGUGGGAGACUAAGACUUGAGAAGGCUAAACAGCACUUCCUUGUACAUCUGAAACGUGAGUGGGAAGAAGAUGCUAAAGUUGCUAGUGAUUCUGCUUGUCCUCCUUCUAGUCCCACAACAGGUUCCUCGGACAAGCCACAGAAGAAUCCCAACUUGGAGAAAAUGCAGCUUCAUAUUUACUUUCCCAAAUUAAGAAAGAUAAGAUUAGUACCUCUCAAAGGAACUGGGAAACACAAAUAUAGUUUUCAGCGUGUCGAAGUUCCUCGUUUCCCAACCCACUUUUGUUCUUGUGAGGAGCAUUCUGGUGCUGCUUAUACACCCAAAGAAAAACCCUUGAUUGACAAGGAAAUUGAAAUCGGUGGGGUAGAUCAGGAAGAGUUGAACAUCAUGGCAUCGGUCAUGAACAAGAUAUUUGAGAGGGAGAACCGCCCAGAGACAGCUUUUAAGUAUGUUGAAGGUUCUGAUGGAGUACAAAGUUUAACCAAUGUAGCUGAUCAUAGCAUGGUGGAUGAAGCUAUGGAUGAUGAUGAUGAUGAUGGCAUCAUUAUUAAUGUGGUGCAAAGGAAAAAUGAGGGAAUUAGUACAUCAUAUGAUAUCGGCAAGAAACCAGUCACACAUAAUCAGAAAUCACCAUCUGAGGUAAAGCAUGGUGAUCAAAAGACGGCUGCCCGAAAGAGGGAAUUUCCUCAAGACACAGGUGGUGGUGCAAUAGAUAAUUUGUCUGCAACAAAUGAUGGGAAGCAUAAUUUUCGUGCACUGGCUGGUGAUGCAGUAGAUGCUUGCCACAUUGAAGCAAAAUCAUGUAGCCUGCAAUCCAAUUGUAAGGCCUCCUCACAGCAGUCUGCUUUGGGAGAUCCUGUGGACAUCAAAACUGAUGUUACACUCAACACUGCAGAUGUUGGGGUGGACAGCACUCCUGAAAAGAAGCGACAGCGUCAUCAAUCAGGGACAGAUUUGCAAUUUAAACCUGAUGGUGUUGAUAUGUCAAGUUUUACUGAUGAAAAAAAUCAGGAAAAAUCGGAGCAGCAUGAGGGUCCAGCCAAAAUUGGUGAAGCUUCUUCUAGCAAGGUAAAUGCAUCUACAAAAAAGUCAGCCAAAGGUGCUUCAUGGCUGCAAACAUCCUCAUGGACACAGUUGGUCGGUGGUAUGAAUAGCAGUUCAUUUAGUAUUUCUCAAAUUGUGCCCAGUUUCAAUUUUGAGAGGCAGGACUUGUCAAUAUCCAGUGGGUCUGGCAAGCAGGAAAAUGGCACAGACAAUUCUAAAGGAAAUAUGUCAAAAAUGGGGGGAGGAACUAAUGUCAAUCCUCCACCUGCUCCUGGAAUUUCCAUAGAUGGUGCUUCAGAAGAGAAAAGCAACAAUGUUCAAUUGGAUCAAGGGGUGUCCAAACCAGAUAAUCACCAGCAGAGGGAUGGGGUAACUAAUGAAGAGAAGAAAGACCAAUUGACCUCAAAACAAACAUCCCUGCCAGACGUGAGCAUUGGAGAAACUUGUUCUUUCACAAAAAGUGCUACUUCAAUGAAACAAUGGAUGAAGGCAAAGACAGCUUUGAGUGGCUCACUUAAGAAGAAGGAUAAGUAGGUUCUUUGAGACACUGACCAAGUGACCAUCCAAUUAUACAGUUUUUUUUUUUUUAAUAUUUAUUAUUUUCUUGGUACAACAGAAAGGAUUAUGCAAGUCUAUUUACCAUGUGAAUGCACAAGGAGUUAGAUUUCGCAUUCAAUUUUUUUGGUUGGAUCUUUGGUGAGGUUGAUUCUAGAUUUGUACUGAACUUCAUGUGUCCAGCACGAAAAGGUGAAAGCCAAGUUAGUUGGGUUAUUUUGACAUUCA